AUGGGCACUGAAUUUAAUGACAUCAGUUUGACAGAAAUCGAAUUCCUAGAGCAUAUCUUCUCGUCAGACUUCGGAGUAACCUUUCUCGUCCGACUUCGCAAUCAGCAAUGUGUGAUGAAAGUGCAUCGUGGAGUGGGACCCCGGCAGUAUUACGACCAUCCGACUCGUGAACUAGAUAUCCAUGUUCUUGAAGCAAACGCCUAUGCUCGACUUAAAGAUCGGGGUCUAUGCGAUCGUGGAAUUGUACCUCAAUAUCUCGGUUCUAUCAGAAAAUUUGACCCGUCGACAUGCCAGCCACACUUGCAUGAGUUCCUGAAAGACGAAUACCCACCAAGCGCGAUAUUUUUAGAGUAUAUCCCCGGCAUAGAGAGAAUCAGCCUGGAAACCUAUAACCCGCAACGGGUUGAUAAUCUCGUAUUCGGGCUCAGAGAAAUACACAAGGCACACGUGAUCCACUGUGAUAUUUACGUACGGAACAUGAUGGUUGUGAAGGAUUCUCCAGACCGAGUAAUUUGGCUCGACUUCGAUCGGGCGGAAACUUUUGAUGAAGAUAAACUUACUGAAGAAGAAGCGGAACGGCUCAGAGUGGAAGAGCAGAUUAUGGAGGAGUUCCGGGACACCAUGACUGCUAUCAUGGCAGAAGCUCCUUUGGACAGCGAUGCAUGA